AUGACGCAGGAGAUCGUUGUGCAGAGCGCCGACUCAGGUGCGGGCGCGUCACUAGACAUGGCGCAGGGCGACACUGCGAAGGCCCCGGGCGGCCGGCUGGGCUGGCGAUCGCGUUGUCGCGAGAUGCAGGGGGUGUCUAGGCGCAAAAAGGCCGACAAGCAGGGCGCUGCCGGCGACCAGCCCAGGGAGCGCGUGUCCUACUCCGACGAGAUAGCCAACAACCCGGAGUUCGAACGCUACUACCAAGACCAGCGCAUCUGCCCGCCUGAGGAGUGGGAGGCGUUCAUGGCCGCCUGCAGAAGGUCGAUACCGAUCUCGUUCAGGAUUAACACCUCCGCCCACCUCUGGCGGCACACGAUCCGCAGGCUGGCGGCGCUGAGCCGCACACAUGACGACCUCUGCCUGACAGUCGGGCUGUCGUACACCCCGGAGGUGCCGGAUCUCGACCCGGGCACGUCGCUCUGCUACCAGCUCAAGCCGGACAAGUCGUCGCUGCGCAAGAACGACAAGGUCACAGAGUUCCGCCGGUGCCUGAUCGACGAGGACAACCGCGGCGCGGUGAUGCGCCAGGAGCUCGUCAGCAUGCUGCCCGUGAUCUACCUGGACCCGCAGCCGCACGAGAACAUCGUCGACCUCUGUGCUGCGCCGGGGAUGAAGUUCCUGCAGAUUCUGGACACCGUCAACACUGCGCUGCAGUACCGCGACAGGCAGCCCCCGUGCUCCAAUCGCGGCGUGAUCAUCGGCAACGAUGUGUGCCAGCACCGGGUGUCCACGCUGAGUCACCACAUGAAAACCGUGAGCUGCCCCUCGGCGGCGGUGACCAACUUCGAUGGUGGGUGGACACAACAGACCAUACAUACCUUCGCAGCCUCGCGCUUCCCCUACCUCCACGGCGCUAGCGGCGAGAAGCUGCUGUUCGACCGCGUGCUCGCGGACGUGCCGUGCAGCUGCGAUGGCACCACCCGCAAGGCACCCGAGCUGUGGAGCACCUGGAAGGCGACCUCGGGGCUGCAUAUGCACCGGCUGCAGCUGUCGAUCGUGAAACGGGCGUUGCAGCUGCUCAAGCCCGGCGGCGUCAUGGUCUACUCGACGUGCUCGCUCAACCCGCUGGAGAACGAGGCCAUUGCCAGCUACGUGGCGUCGGAGGGACGCCGUGAGCACGGCGUCGAGUUGCAGCCUCUGCAGCCGCUUCCUAACUUCAAAGUGUCGCCAGGACUCACCGAGUGGCUGGUGCCCAACCCCGACGGCGGCUAUUUCAAGUCGUACGACGAGGUCCCAGCGCCACUGAGGCCCCGGGUGUACGCCAGCAUGUUCAGGUCACCCGAGUGGGGGGAGGAGCAGGCUAGGUGUGUGAUGCGCGUUCUGCCACACCAAAACGACACCGGCGGCUUCUUCCUCUUCAAGGUGCGUAAGGCGCACAGCGCAAUGCCAGCCAACCACGGAGAACGUCCGCAGGAGAUCAGGCCCAUCAACGUAGUGAUGCCGCAACCGCGGCCCUCGGUCGCGCUCAAGCGCGGCGCCAAACUGCUCCACGACUACGUGCGCCACUGCGACGUCUUUCCAGACAUGUUCGACACCAUCUGCCGCUUCUAUGGUAUCGACGGGGAUAAGCGCACGGCGUUCGGGCGCGUGCUGGUCACCAAGCGCUACUGCCAGAAAAAUUGCUUCCUCGUGGGCGCCGUGGAUUCAGCUGCGCUGUUCCAGAAACGUAAAAGCCAGAAGGCGCAACAGCGUGAAGGCGCCAGCAGCACCCGCGCGGAAUCGCCGGUCGCCAGCGGUGAGCUGCAAGACGUCCAAGAGGCCAACGCGGGCCAACCUGAGGCAUUAGAUGCCGUAAAGGACGAACACGAAGAAACCAAGAGUGAAGCGGGGUCCGAAUCCGUUGACAAUGCGGAAGACGCUGCCCAAGCGGCAACGAACACGGAUAACAAGUGCUGGGAGCCGUGCCGCUACGCCCAGCUGGGCACCCGGGUCCUCGCGAAGAUGACCUCGAAGGCGACGUUGGACUCGCCGUGUGAGAUGCGGAUAUCGCAGGAGGGCUGUUUGGCCGUGCUGGAGUUUAUUAGCCGCCGCGUGGCCUUCGCGAACGCCGCCUUCUGCGCCGAUUUCAAGGAGAGCAUGCCCGUCCAGGAGCUGCUGAAACACGAGCAGCUCGGCAACAUACAGGGCCUCGACUCGUGCCGACAGUCGGGAAAGCUGGAGAGCGGAGGGUGUGUCGUGAUCAUUGUGCCCGCCUGGGGCCGGGCCCGCAUCCCUGCCAGUGGAGUGUCGGUCACGCUGGCCGACGGAGUCGUGGUAAACCGCCACAAGACGCCGGAUGCCGAGACGGCAGCCACGGACGACCGCCAGACGGCGGCGUCGGUUUCGGACAUCAUGGACGUCAUACCGCUGUCGUGCAUCAUCUCCGACAUGGGCACGCUGCUGGCGUACGCCUCGCCGCAGGUGCUUAAGCUGCUGCAGUCGGUGGCCAGCGAAACGAACGAGAACAAUUAA